AUGAAUACUGCAAUAGGUAAAACAAGUUCAACAGAACAAAUAUGGAAUGAACCUGUUUGUCGUUUACGUGGAUUACCGUACAACACAAGCAAAGAAGAUCUGAUUCGCUUCUUCAAUGGGUUGCAAAUCGCUGACAAUGGAAUUCAUAUAUCUUCAUCCAAACCAGCAGGAGAAGCAUUCGUUUGCUUUAAAAGUAUGGAUCAAGCACAAAGGGGAAUUGAUUGCAAUCGUAAUCAUCUGGGGCACAGAUAUAUCGAAGUUUUCAAAAGUAGUUAUGCUGAAGCGCGUCAAUCAAUUAUGAACGAUACACAAAAUUUCGUGAAUCGACAAAAUGGUCAAGAUCAAACAAUGAGGAGUAACGGUGUACAAAAAGAUUACAUGAUGGAUCCUGGCUCUCAAGGAAAUUUUAGUUCUAUGAGAAAGGGUCUUCCUCUAAUGCAACAACAUGCGUACAAUUUUCAUGCAAAUAAUAAUAACAUGAAUAUGAAUUAUAUGGGAAAUCCAAUGGCAUCGAAACGAACAAUGUCAACGUCUUAUACUGUUAAAAUGAGAGGAGUUCCGUUCGAUGCAGUAGAAAAAGAUAUUUAUGAGUUUUUCAGACCUGUAACGCCCAUCCGAGUUGAAAUUGAGAAGAAUCGCGGCAAACAAACCGGAUUGUGUUUCGCUGAAUUUGGAUCAAGAGAAGAAGCUGAAGAAGCAAUGACAUUUCAUAAAAAAUAUAUGGGUCAACGUUAUGUAGAAUUAAUCCCAUUAUACGACAAUAAUAUAAAAGUUAAUCAUUUCUAUAAAAUUUUAAUUAUUAUCUAUGGAUGUUCAAUUACUUCAGUGGACAUGAAUGUUGGCAUAGCUCAAGGAGAAAGAAAUCCGAACAGUAGUUGGUUAAAUAGUAGAGGUGUUUGGUUAACGUAUGUUAUUUUGAUAUUUGUACUUCAUUUUAUCCUAUUGAGUAUUCCAUAUAUCACAACACCAAUAGCAUGGACUUUAACAACAUCUAUACAUAAUAUUUGUAGUUUCUAUCUUUUUCACAUUGUCAAAGGUGCACCAUGGGAAACAAGUGAUCAAGGUUUAGCUCGACGAUUUACAUUUUGGGAACAAAUCGACGACGGGGUACAAUGGACAGGCACCAGAAAAUUCGUGCAAAUAAUACCAAUUGUACUGUAAGUAUACAUUAUGAUGUUUUCAAUGUCAUCUAAAGGACGGGGGCGAUUAUUUAAUGGAAUCGGCCCCUGCUUGAAUUCGAUCGACACAUACAUGAUUAGAUGCAGAAUGAACAGGAGAACAUUUCCAGCCACUCGGCAGACCUUAGAGUUGCUCUCAGAAAAAACUAGGUAGAAUUUACUGUAACCAAAGUGCUACUCUUCUUUGUUCAACGAUGACGAUCCUGUGGUCUAUACUUACUCACUAGC